AUUGAACCAACUUUAAAGUCAAAAAAGAGAGGGUUAAAGUACGAACACAUUGAAGAGAAAGAUCAAGAACUGUACACAAAAUGGUAAAUGUUUUACAUCAAAUAUCACCUGCUACUCUCCUUCAAUGCAGUGCUUCUUCUUCUCCUCCAGUCCCCAUCUCCAGGGGAAUUUCUGGGAAAACAAUGGUAAAAUGCUCUUUUGACAACCACAUGCUGACAAGCCAAGUAAAGCAAGUAUUAUCUGGAAUUGCUGCCUCCAUAAUUGUUCUUUCUCAAACGAAUCAGGUUGGUGCAGCAGCUAUAUCUCAUUCCCACAAUAUAUGCCAGCUUGCAAGUGCAGCAGAUAACGCGCCAACUCUUCCAAUUGAUCAAGGGUCAGAUGGAAGGAAUGGGAAGCUUAUGAUGAUGAGAGGUAUGACAGCAAAGAAUUUUGACCCCGUCAGAUACUCCGGAAGGUGGUUUGAAGUUGCUUCGCUCAAACGUGGAUUUGCUGGGCAAGGUCAAGAAGACUGCCACUGCACUCAGGGUGUAUACACAUUUGAUAUGGAGGCACCCUCUAUCCAGGUUGAUACGUUUUGUGUUCAUGGGGGCCCUGAUGGAUACAUUACUGGAAUAAGAGGAAAGGUUCAAUGCGUUCCGGAGGAUGAGCGGGAGAAUAAUGAGACUGACCUAGAGAAACAAGAGAUGAUUAGAGAAAAAUGUUAUCUUCGUUUUCCUACGUUGCCUUUUAUUCCUAAGGAGCCUUACGAUGUGAUUGCUACUGACUAUGACAAUUUUUCUCUUGUUUCCGGAGCAAAAGACAGAAGUUUUAUUCAGAUAUAUUCAAGAACACCGGUCCCUGGACGUGCAUUCAUCGAAAAGUACAAAUCUUACCUGGCGAAUUUUGGAUAUGAUCCGAGCAAAAUAAAGGAUACUCCACAGGAUUGUGAAGUGAUGUCUAAUAGUAAGCUAGCUGCAAUGAUGUCCAUGUCUGGAAUGCAACAGGCUUUGACAAACCAAUUUCCUGAUCUAGAACUCAAAUCCCCUAUUGCAUUUGACCCAUUUACCAGUGUAUUUGACACUUUGAAGAAGCUUGUUCAGCUCUAUUUUAAGCAGUAAUCGAACUAA